CCUGGAAGUUCAGAAAUGGAGACAUUGACAUUUAGGGAUGUGGCCAUAGAAUUCUCUCUGGAGGAGUGGCAAUGCCUGAACCCUGCUCAGCAGAAUUUAUAUAGAAAUGUGAUGUUAGAGAACUACAGAAACCUGGUCUUCUUGGAUAUUGCUGUCUCCAAGCAAAACCCGAUCAGCGGUCUGGAGCAAAAAAAAGAGCCCUGUAGUAUGAAGAGUCAUGAGAUGGUGGCCAGACCCUCAGCUAUAUGUUCUUUUCCCAAAGACCUUUGGCCGGAGCAAGACAUAAAAGAUUCUUUUCAACAAGUGAUACUGAGAAGAUAUGGAAAAUGUGGACCUGAGAAUUUACAGUUAAGAAAAGGCUGUGAAAGUGUGGUGGAUGAGUGUAAGGUGCAAAAAGUUUAUAAUGAACUCAACCAGUGUUUGACAACUACCCAGAGCAAAAUAUUUCAAUGUGAUCAAUAUGUGAAAAUCUUUCAUAAAUUUUUAAAUUCAAAUAGACAUAAGAUAAGACAUACUGGAAAGAAACCUUUCAAAUGUAAAAAAUGUGACAAAUCAUUUUGCAUGCUUUUACACCUAAGUCAACAUAAAAGAAUUCACAUUAGAGAGAAUUCUUACCAAUGUGAAGAAUGUGGCAAAGCUUUUAAGUGGUUCUCAACCCUUACUAGACACAAGAGAAUUCAUACUGGAGAGAAACCCUUCAAAUGCGAAGAAUGUGGCAAAGCUUUUAAGCAGUCCUCAACACUUACUACACAUAAGAUAAUUCAUACUGGAGAAAAACCCUUCAAAUGUGAAGAAUGUGGCAAAGCCUUCAACCGGUCCUCACACCUUACUACACAUAAGAUAAUUCAUACUGGAGAAAAACCCUACAAAUGUGAAGAAUGUGGCAAAGCUUUUAACCAGUCUUCAACCCUUACUACACAUAAAUUCAUUCAUGCUGGAGAGAAACCCUACAAAUGUGAAGAAUGUGACAAAGCCUUUAACCGAUUCUCAUACCUUACUAAACAUAAGAUAAUUCAUACUGGAGAGAAAUCUUAUAAAUGUGAAGAAUGUGGCAAAGGCUUUAACUGGUCCUCGACCCUUACUAAACAUAAAAGAAUUCAUACUGGAGAGAAACCCUAUAAAUGCAAUGAAUGUGGCAAAGCUUUUAAUGAGUCUUCAAACCUUACCACACAUAAGAUGAUUCAUACUGGAGAGAAACCCUACAAAUGUGAAGAAUGUGGCAAAGCCUUUAACCGGUCCCCACAACUUACUGCACAUAAAGUAAUUCAUACUGGAGAGAAACCCUACAAAUGUGAAGAAUGUGGCAAAGCUUUUAGCCAAUCCUCAAUUCUUACUACACAUAGGAGAAUUCACACUGGAGAGAAACCCUACAAAUGUGAAGAAUGUGGCAAAGCUUUUAACCGGUCCUCAAACCUUACUAAACAUAAGAUAAUUCAUACUGGAGAGAAAUCUUACAAAUGUGAAGAAUGUGGUAAAGCCUUUAACCAAUCCUCAACUCUUACUAAACACAGGAAAAUUCAUAUUGUAAAAAAACCUUACAACUAUGAAGAAUGUGGCAAUACUUUUAACCAGUCCUUGAACCUUAUUAACAAAAUAAUUCAUACUGGAGAGGAACUCUACAAAUGUAAAGAAUGUAGCAAAGCCUUUAACCAGUCCUCAAUUCUUACUAAACAUAAGAUAAUUUAUACUGGAAAGAAACUCUACAAACCAGAAAUAUGAGACAAUGCUUUUGACAACACCUCAAACUUUUCUAACCAUAAAAGAGAUUAUCCUGGUGAGAAAUCCUACAAAUGCAAAGAAUGUGGCAAAUCAUUUGGCAUGAUUUCAUACCUAACUCAACAUAGCAGAAUUCAUACUAGAGUAAAUUUCUACAAAUGUGAAGAAUGCGAAAAAGCCUUUAACUUGCCCUCGACCCUUACUCAACAUAAGAGAAUUCAUACGGGAGAAAAACCCUACAAAUGUGAAGAAUGUGGCAAAGGUUUUAAAUGGUCCUCCAACCUUUCUAAACAUAAGAAAAUUCAUUCUGAAGAGAAAUGUUACAAAUGUGAAGAAUGUGGCAAAGGUUUUAAAUGGUCCUCCAACCUUGCUACCCAUAAGAAAAUUCAUACUGGAGAGAAACCCUAUGAAUGUGAAGAAUGUGGCAAAGCUUUUAUCCAUUCCAUAAACCUUACUAAUCACAAGAAAAUUCAUACUGGAGAGAAACCUUACAAAUGUCAAGAAUGUGGCAAAGCCUUUAAGCAGUCCUCACACCUUAUUAAACAUAGGAAAAUUCAUACACAAGAGAAAGCCCACAAAUGUAAAGAAUGUGACAAAUGUUUUAAAUGGUCCUCCAGCCUUAAUACCCAUAAGAAAAUUCAUACCAGAGAGAAACCCUACAAAUGUGAAGAAUGUGGCAAAGGUUUUAAAUGGUCCUCCAACCUUAUUGCUCAUAAGAAAAUUCACACUGGAAAGAAACCCUACGAAUGUGAGGAAUGUGGCAAAGCUUUUAUCCGAUCCUCAAAACUUACUGAACAUAAGGAAAUUCAUACUGAAGAGAAAUGUUACAAAUGUGGAGAAUGUGGCAAAGCCUUUUCCCGAUCCUCAACACUUACUACUCAUAAGAAAAUUCAUACUGGAGAGAAAGCUUACAAAUGUGAAGAAUGUGGCAAAGCCUUUAACCAGUCCAGACACCUUACUGUUCAUAAAGAAAUUCAUACUGGAGAGAAAGCUUACAAAUGUGAAGAAUGUGGCAAGGCCUUUAACCAGUCCUCAACACUUGCUACUCAUAAGAAAAUACACACUGGAGAGAAAGCCUACAAAUGUGAAGAAUGUGGCAAAGCCUUUACCCAGUCCUCAACACUUUGUACUCAUAAGAAAAUACAUACUGGAGAGAAACCUUAUAAAUGUGAAGAAUGUGGCAAAGCCUUUAAGCACUCCUCAACCCUUACUACUCAUAAGAAAAUUCAUAUUGGAGAGAAAGCUUACAAAUGUGAAGAAUGUGGGAAAGCCUUUAACCUGUACUCAGGCGUUGCUAGUCAUAAGAAAAUUCAUACUGGUGAGAAACCUUAUAAAUGUGAAGAAUGUGGCAAAGCCUUUAACCGGUCCUCAACUCUUACUACUCAUAAGACAAUUCAUACUGGAGAGAGACCUUACAAAUGUGAAGAAUGUGGCAAAGGCUUUAAAUGGUCCUCCAACCUUACUGCCCAUAAGAAAAUUCAUACUGAAGAGAAAUCUUACAAAUGUGACCAGUCUUCAAAGCUUAUUAAACAUAAGAAAAUUCAUACAGGGGAGAAACCCUAUGAAUAUGAGAAAUGUGGCAAAAUUUUUAACCAAUCUUCAACCUUUGCUAGCCAUAAGAUAAUUCAUACUUGAGAGAAAUCCUACAAAUGUAAAGAAUGUGGCAAGGCUUUUAACCAAUUCUCAAGUGUUACUGAAUAUAAGAAAAUUCAUACUGUCACGCCUGUAAUCCCAGCACUUUGGGAGGCCGAGGCAGGUGGAUCACGAGGUCAAGAGAUCGAGACCAUCCUGGUCAACAUAGUGAAACCCCGUCUCUACUAA